GCCCUAAACCCUCGCGCUUGCCUACAUUGCUCCCAUUCUCCCGGUUCCGCCAAAGAUCCUUUCCCGCUAGUACCCCAGAACCCUCGCCGGCGUCCUUAGACCUCUCCCGGUUUCGCCCAGGACCAUCGCCUUCAUGACCAAACCCUUGUCAUACAGUCGCAAUUAGAGCUGACUUUGAAGGCAACGGCGGGAUCCCGACGAACUGAGACCCGAAUCUCCCCUCCCUCCCAUCUUUCUACUCCUUCCGCACUGCUCCUACCGGAUCGCAGGAUUUAGUAAAUUAGGGAUUUACGACCAAAGCUGUAAAAUCCGUGAUUUAUGAAAUCCGCUGCUUUAUUUUGUCCAAACUUACCGCCUUGCAGGAUUUAGGUCAAAUCCAGGUUAGGUUAAAUUCUGCUCUAAAUCCGUUAGCAGACAGCCGCUAGGUCGUCGUCCAGUCUACCCUUCUACCUACUGCUCCACGGUUUACUUCCGCUGAUUUUCCAACAAUGGCGUCGGCCGCUAAAGACGCUGACCCCAAUCUUGGUUUUCUGACGAAGCGCGACACCGAGGUGAAGCUCCCCCGCCCCACUCGCGUCAAGAACAAAACCCCUGCUUCGAUUCAGAUCACUGCUGAGCAAAUCCUACGAGAGGCCCGCGAGCGACAGGAACCUGAGAUUCGCCCGCCGAAGCAAAAGAUUACCGAUCCUACCGAACUUGGUGAUUACCGCCUUCGCCGCCGAAAGGAAUUCGAGGACAAAAUCCGCCGUGCGCGAUGGAACACCCGCGUCUGGGUCAAAUACGCAGAAUGGGAGGAGAACCAGAAGGAUUUCGCCCGCGCUCGCUCCGUUUGGGAGCGAUGUCUGGAGGUCGACUACCGGGAGCGGACUAUCUGGCUCAAGUAUGCGGAAUUCGAGAUGCGGAAUCGCUUCGUCAACCACGCGCGCAAUGUCUGGGACCGUGCAGUUUCCCUUCUUCCUCGAGUGGACCAGCUCUGGUACAAGUAUAUCCACAUGGAGGAGAUGCUCGGUAAUGUGGCUGGCGCUCGCCAGGUGUUUGAGAGGUGGAUGGACUGGCAGCCAGAUCGGGAAGGAUGGCUUUCUUACAUCAAGUUUGAACUCAGGUAUGGUGAGAUAGAUCGUGCUCGCCAUGUUUUUGAGAGAUUUGUUGCGUGCCACCCUCGUGCCACUGCAUGGAUUCGGUAUGCUAAGUUCGAGAUGAAGAACGGUGAAAUUGCUCGAGCUCGUGCUGUCUAUGAGCGUGCAGUUGAUCUCCUGUCAGGCGAGGAGGAUGAGGCAGAGGAGCUUUUUGUGGCUUUUUCAGAGUUUGAGGAGAAGUGCAAGGAGAUUGACAGGGCAAGGUGCAUUUAUAAGUUUGCACUGGACCAUAUUCCCAAGGGAAGGGCUGAGGAGCUGUAUAAGAAGUAUGUAGCGUUUGAGAAGCAGUAUGGAGAUCGGGAGGGGAUAGAGGAUGCAAUUGUGGGGAAAAGAAGAUUCCAGUAUGAGGAUGAGGUUAGGAAGAGCCCAUUGAAUUAUGAUUCAUGGUUUGACUAUAUUAGGUUGGAAGAGAAUGUUGGCAAUAAGGACAUGAUCAGGGAAGUUUAUGAACGGUCAAUUUCUAAUGUGCCUCCAGCUGAGGAGAAGAGAUAUUGGCAGCGUUAUAUCUAUUUAUGGAUUAAUUAUGCUUUGUAUGAGGAACUUGGUGCUGAGGACAUUGACAGGACAAGGGAAGUUUACAGGGAAUGCAUUAAAUUGAUUCCCCACAAGAAGUUUUCAUUUGCUAAAAUAUGGCUUCUAGCGGCCCAGUUUGAGAUACGCCAGAAAAGUCUCAAGGCUGCACGGCAGAUCUUGGGCAAUGCUAUCGGAAUGGCUCCCAAGGAUAAGAUAUUUAAAAAAUACAUAGAGAUAGAGCUGCAACUUGGUAAUAUAGAUCGCUGCAGAACACUCUAUGAGAAAUAUCUCGAGUGGGCUCCUGCAAAUUGCUAUGCUUGGAGCAAGUAUGCUGAGCUAGAAAGGUCAUUAAGUGAAAUGGAACGCGCCCGUGGCAUAUUUGAACUAGCUAUUGCCCAACCGACACUUGACAUGCCUGAGCUGUUAUGGAAGGCAUACAUAGACUUCGAAAUAUCAGAGAGCGAGUUUGAGAGGACGAGACAACUCUAUGAAAGACUGCUUGAUAGAACAAAGCACUUGAAGGUGUGGAUAAGUUAUGCCAAAUUUGAGGCCUCUGCUGGUUUAGAUGGUUCAGAUAGAGAUGGCAAGCCACAACUUGAGAAUGGUGAUAUAUCAUAUCAAGAACAGCAAAAAGAACGGAUUCAAAGAUGCAGAGGUGUUUUUGAAAGGGCAUUUGAUUACUUCCGCACAUCUGCACCUGAAAUGAAGGAGGAAAGGGCAAUGCUUUUGGAGGAAUGGUUGAAUACGGAAACUGGUUUUGCAGAUCUUGGAGACCUAUCUUUGGUGCAGAAGAAAUUACCUAGGAAAGUCAAGAGAAAGCGAGCUAUUUCAUCUGAAGAUGGAGCUCCUGCUGGAUAUGAAGAAUACAUUGAUUACAUUUUCCCUGAUGAGGUGGCAAUGGCACCCAAUCUUAAGAUACUUGAAGCUGCUUACAAAUGGAAGAAGCAGAAAGCUGGAUCCGAUGAGGACUGACAUAGUGGUAUUUAUUUUGUGCUUUUUCAAUUGAAGUGAGUUGGCUUACCAAAGUAUCAAAUAGUGUUUUAAUAUUUGCGUUUCAACGUUGUUUCCAUUCAUCAUGUAUAAUAACAUAAGUAGGGCUGAUAAUUAUAUCCAAAAUUUUAAG